GUCUGCUUCAAUUCUCAAAUUAAUUUUUUUUACCACCUACAUUCUCCAAAUUUGUCUCUAAUCUCUCAUGGUCCUUUUCUCUCUCUCUUUCUCUCUCCUCCCCUUCUCUCCUCACUCACUCCAUCUAAAGUUCAGAUUUGUUUGAGUUCUUACAACAAACGUUUCUUGUGCUCUGAACCCAUGAUUUAAUUGAGGUUUUAAUUCUGUUUUUUGAAAGAAUUUCUGGGUUUUCUUUUUCUUUUUUAUGGGUGCCGUUUCAAAGAUGGGUUGUUUUCAUUUCCACCAAUACCAUUGAUGAACUGAGGCACACCAAGUGUUUGUGGAAAGCUCUAAGAGAGAGAAAUUUGAAGUGGAGGAAAGGUGUUUUUUUGUAUCAGAAUCAGAAUGAGAGAUUUCCCAUCUUGUUUUGGUGAAAAUGCUGUGCAAAUAGCUGAUUCUUCAUCUUCUAAUGGUAAUAAAACUGCUCAAAAUCUGGUUACUUGUGUAUAUCAAUGUCGAUUUCGAGGGCGGUCAUGUUUAAUAACAGUCACAUGGAGUAAGAAUUUGAUGGGGCAAGGUUUAAGUGUUGGAAUUGAUGAUUCAAGCAACCAAUGUUUGUGUAAGGUUGAUAUUAAGCCAUGGUUAUUCUCUAAGAGAAAAGGGUCUAAGAGCUUAGAUGUUGAGUCUAGUAAUAUUGAUUUAUAUUGGGAUCUUUCAUCAGCUAAAUUUGGAUCUGGACCUGAACCUUUGGAGGGUUUUUACUUGGCAAUUGUGUGUGAUAAACAGAUGAUUCUUCUACUGGGAGAUAUGAGGAAGGAAGCUUUCAAAAAGACAAAUGCUACUCCUGUUUCUAGUAAUGCUGUUUUCAUUGCAAAGAGAGAACAUGUUUAUGGGAAGAAGGUUUUCUACUCCAAGGCUAAGUUCAGCGAUAAUGGUCCUGUGCACGACCUCAUGAUCGAGUGUGACACAAUUAGCACCAAUGACCCUUGCUUGAUUGUUCGUGUGGAUACUAAAAAUUUGAUGCAGGUCAAGCGGCUUCGCUGGAAAUUCCGUGGUAAUCACACUAUCCUGAUUGAUGGGCUCCCUGUUGAAGUUUUCUGGGAUGUUCAUAGUUGGCUUUUCGGUUCAUCUCCUGGAAGUGCAGUUUUUAUGUUCAGAACUAGUCUCACCGCUGAGAAGUUAUGGGCUAGUCAGCCUCUUUGUGAUCCUAAUGUAUUGCAUUGGUCAACUUCGCAAAGAAUUCGAGAUUCUCAAUCGCACCAACUUGGUUUCUCUUUGAUCUUGUAUGCCUGGAAGCAAGAAUAGUGAGAUUCAAGGAUUCUUUGUUGAGUGCUAAGUGCUAACAGAGAUACAUUAGGAAGUGUCCAUUUACCUUUCUAUGUGAUGGAACUACACCAUAAUUUUUAUAUUAUUGGUUUUCCUUUGUCUUUCUUGUCCUUUAUUUGGAGGAGGAAGAUAAAUUAAAUAGAUCAAAGUGAUUUUUGUUGCCUUUGAUUGUAAAUUCCUCUGUCCAAUGUCCUCACUAGUUUUUACGCGGUAUUCUGUUGCUUUAUGAAGAUUAAAUCUUUUUUUUU